AUGAUCAGCCUGGUAACUGCAGUGUGUCUGGUGGCUCUGGUCAGGGCAGACCACUCAGACUAUGGGUUUGGGCUCGAAGAUCACGACUUGGGAGAACAUGUACAACACCAUCACGAACACGUCAAGACCAUCACGCUGACCAAGAAGGUGCCGGUGCCGUACCCCGUCACAGUGGAGAAGAAGGUACCUUACCCCGUGAAGGUGCCAAUCGACAAGCCGUACCCCGUCCAUGUACCAAAGCCGUACCCGGUCUAUGUCGAGAAGAAAGUGCCUUACACAGUGAAGGAGUACGUCCCACAGCCGUACACGGUGUACAAGAAGGAGCCGUUCACGGUCAAGGUGCCCGUCGACAAACCAUAUCCUGUCCACGUCCCCAAGCCUUACCCUGUGUAUGUGGAGAAGAAAGUACCUUACACAGUGGAGAAACACGUGCCAUACCCUGUCAAAGUACCUGUGGACAAACCUUACCCCGUCCACGUGCCGGUAGUCAAGCACGUGCCGUACACUGUAGAGAAGAAGGUGCCGUACAAGGUGGAAGUGCCUGUGGAGAAGCCCGUGCCAGUGUCUGUGCCCAAGCCUUACCCUGUGUAUGUAGAGAAGAAGGUACCUUAUACAGUAGAGAAGCCGGUACCUUACCAUGUCAAGGUGCCUGUCCACGUUCCUGUCCAUCAUCACGGGCACUCUCACGACUUCGGCCAUGGUGACUUCCAUCAAAGCGACUUCGAGUCUGAAGGUCAUUAUGGCUACGGGAAUUUGGGUCAUUACUAA